AUGGCCACAAGGAGUGUCCUCUUGGCCCUUGUGGUCCUCGACUUACUCUUCUAUGUUCCACCAGGUAGAAGUGGACCCAAUGCCUACAUACAAAAAAUCUUUGCUUCAUGUUGGCGACUGCACGGUACUUGCCGGCCAAAAUGUUUAAAAAAGGAACAAUAUCAUAUUUUGUGUGAUACUACACGUUUGUGCUGUGUAAACCCCAAACAUUUACCUAUACUGACUGGGAAAUAG